CCCCCAGCACCUCCCCCAGCACCAGCACCUCCCCCAGCACCUCCCCCAGCACCUCCUCCCCCAGCACCUCCCCCAGCACCUCCCCCAGCACCUCCCCCAGCACCUCCCCCAGCACCUCCCCCAGCACCUCCCCCAGCACCUCCCCCCCCCACACCUCCUCCCCCAGCACCUCCCCCAGCACCUCCCCCAGCACCUCCCCCCCCAGCACCUCCCCCAGCACCUCCCCCAGCACCUCCCCCAGCACCUCCCCCCCCCACACCUCCUCCCCCAGCACCUCCCCCAGCACCUCCUCCAGCACCUCCCCCCCCAGCACCUACCCCCCCAGCACCUCCCCCAGCACCUCCCUCAGCACCUCCUCCAGCACCUCCCCCCCCAGCACCUCCCCCCCCAGCACCUCCCCCCCCAGCACCUCCCCCAGCACCUCCCCCAGCACCAGCACCUCCUCCCCCAGCACCUCCCCCAGCACCUCCCCCAGCACCUCCCCCAGCACCUCCCCCAGCACCUCCUCCAGCACCAGCACCUCCUCCCCCAGCACCUCCCCCAGCACCUCCUCCAGCACCUCCCCCCCCAGCACCUACCCCCCCAGCACCUCCCCCAGCACCUCCCUCAGCACCUCCUCCAGCACCUCCCCCCCCAGCACCUCCCCCCCCAGCACCUCCCCCCCCCACACCUCCCCCAGCACCUCCUCCAGCACCUCCUCCAGCACCUCCCCCAGCACCUCCCCCAGCACCAGCACCUCCCCCAGCACCACCUCCCCCAGCACCAGCACCUUCCCCAGCACCUCCCCCCCCAGCACCUCCCCCAGCACCUCCCCCCCCAGCACCUCCCCCAGCACCUCCCCCAGCACCUCCCCCAGCACCUCCUCCAGCACCUCCCCCCCCAGCACCUCCCCCCCCAGCACCUCCCCCAGCACCUCCCCCAGCACCUCCCCCAGCACCUCCCCCCCCAGCACCUCCCCCAGCACCUCCCCCCCCCACACCUCCCCCCCCAGCACCUCCCCCCCCAGCACCUCCUCCAGCACCUCCCCCAGCACCUCCUCCAGCACCUCCUCCAGCACCUCCCCCAGCACCUCCCCCCCCAGCACCUCCCCCAGCACCUCCCCCAGCACCUCCCCCAGCACCUCCCCCCCCAGCACCUCCUCCAGCACCAGCACCUCCUCCAGCACCUCCCCCAGCACCUCCCCCAGCACCUCCCCCAGCACCUCCUCCCCCAGCACCUCCUCCCCCAGCACCUCCCCCAGCACCUCCUCCAGCACCAGCACCUCCUCCAGCACCUCCCCCAGCACCUCCCCCCCCAGCACCUCCCCCCCCCACACCUCCCCCCCCAGCACCUCCCCCCCCAGCACCUCCCCCAGCACCUCCCCCAGCACCUCCCCCAGCACCUCCCCCCCAAACACCUCCCCCAGCACCUCCCCCAGCACCUCCUCCUCCAGCACCUCCCCCCCCAGCACCUCCCCCAGCACCUCCCCCCCCAGCACCUCCCCCAGCACCUCCCCCCCCCACACCUCCCCCUCCAGCACCCCCUCCAGCACUGCCCCCAGCACCCCCAGCUACUCGAGUGACCCCCACUGAGAGGCCUGUCUGUGGGGCGGCUACUGUGCUGGAGUUUGGGAUGAGCUUGUGGUACAACCCACACAUCCCCGAGACCCUCCUGGACAGAAUCCUCGUGUCCCAGGCCUGGCCUGAACAGGAGUGA